AUGGCGACAGGCGUCAGUGUCAACCCUGCCCCAAUUGGGCCUCCCUCGGCAAUGUAUCCAGGUCCUUCUCAUCAGUCCUAUCCAACUCCUACCAUGUCCUCGAUACCGCCACGACUGCCCGGUCACAACAAUCCACCACACGCUUUGCGACGAUCAAUGGAUUUGGAUCAAGAACCGUCUCCAGUUCAACCGCCUCGCCAAUCGUUACCUUCCAUACAUGAAGCGCUCGGUAACGAUAAUCCUCUUCCUUACCCAGGGCCCUCCCCUUCGGGUCCCCCGUCGCAUCCUCAUACAACUCCGAAUCUGCUCUCUCGUCCCAGCACCGAAGGUCCCGCAGGUCCACCCAAUCCUUUUUCUUCGAACAAUAAUUCUAACCCUGCGCCAUACUUGCGCGAACCACAGUACAAUACACAACAAGGUUCGACAGCUGCGGUGGACCAACAACGGGUUAGUAUGGUUUCGCUGUCCACCCAAGGUUCUCGAAAACAAUCUCUUCAGUCUCUCUCCGGAAAAUCUCCCACCAGCAGUUCGAAAACCGCUCCGACUACGAUAUCUCAAGGUUCCGCUCCCUAUUCUCCAAAUAGCUAUGGGUCGUAUCCGUCACAACCUUAUUCCUGGCCAUCACAGCAACCGGCACCCUACGAUGGUCGCGCUUACAAUGGUGGUCCUUGGAAGCCAAAUGUAGACGAAAAGAACGGACACCGUCCUGGUAUGCCACCACACAGCGAUUCAGUGAAGCGACAAUUUGACUCUUAUGACGUCGAGUCUUCUUUGGCCGAGAUUAUCGAUGGAUCCACUAAAACACUCGACUUCUCCAGACACUAUGCUUCAAUUGCCCACCAAAACCAACGCUCGGGUCCUAUCCUAGGAACUUUACCGUCUUUACAUGAACUCGAUGAUUUAAUACAACAGCAGCAACGCAAUAACGAGGCUCUUCUGCGCAUUCGCAAUGCUGUCGUGAGCCAAGAACAUGCGCUAGCCGAACAAAGGAUUCAACAACGUCAUCCUAAGGUUGAAAAUGGAUACGAUGAUGAGCAUGUAGGGUUAUACCAAGAUGGAUUCAAAAGCCCUGGCGGGUUCACCGGUGGUGAUGCAAAGAAAAGACGAGGCGUUACUAACGGGUAUUUCUCAAAUAGAAGGCAGCUCCUCCAGGACGAUGCCAUAGUUGUAAUCGCGCUGAGACUCCUGAAUGGCGCCGCGGUCCAGACGGCGCUCGCACUUUGUGCAACGCAUGCGGUCUUCACUAUGCCAAGCUGA